AUGAUUCACACCCAGAUGGAAGAUUCGCAGUACCAGAUACGGCAGCAGAUUUUGAAUCCGAACCAACGCCAACAACUGGAAGAUAAUCGCCGCAUCAAAGAGCAGAUGCAGCAGUUGCAAAAAGAUAAUGCAUCACCAACCCACAUGUACAUCCGAAAACUGGAAUUCCAAGCCGAUGUAAAUCUGCUGGACAAACACGACUCCUUCUAUCACACCACAAGAAGCCUCCUGGUGCUGUUUCAAAUAAUGGGAGUUAUGCCGAUCAUGAGAAGUCCUAAAGGAGUCAACAUGCCCCGCACUACGUUCACCUGGUGCUCGAAAGCCUUCAUUUGGGCGUACGUAAUCUACGCUUGCGAAACAGUCCUGGUGGUGCUGGUAGCGAAGGAGCGCAUCAACCGAUUCAUCUCGACCAGCGACAAACGGUUCGACGAGGUCAUCUACAACAUCAUCUUCAUGAGCAUCUUGGUUCCGCACUUCCUGCUACCUAUCGCAUCAUGGCGGAACGGGUCCGAAGUGGCCAAGUUCAAGAACAUGUGGACCGAUUAUCAGUACAAGUACCUGAUGGUCACCGGAAAGCCGAUAGUGUUUCCAAAACUGUACCCCAUCACGUGGGCGUUGUGUGUCGUUUCCUGGUCGUUGAGUAUUGCGAUCAUUCUGUCCCAGCACUACUUGCAGCCGGACUUCCAGCUGACCCAUACAUUUGCCUAUUAUCACAUCCUGGCAAUGUUGAACGGAUUCUGCAGUUUGUGGUUCGUCAACUGUACCGCCUUCGGGGAGGCCAGCAAGGCCUUCGCCAAAGAACUAACCGAUAUUUUGGCCACCGAGCGUCCAGCCGACAAGCUUACCGAGUAUCGCCAUCUAUGGGUCGACCUCAGUCACAUGAUGCAACAAUUAGGAAAAGCGUACUCGAACAUGUACGGUAUCUAUUGUUUGGUGAUUUUCUUCACCACAAUUAUCGCCACCUAUGGAGCGCUGAGCGAAAUCAUCGAGCACGGAGCGACCUAUAAGGAGGUCGGUUUAUUCGUCAUUGUUUUCUACUGCAUGAGUCUGCUGUUCAUCAUCUGCAACGAGGCCCAUCACGCCUCCAAAAGGGUUGGACUGAACUUCCAACAACGGCUACUCAACGUGAACCUCACGGCGGUGGACAAGGCAACGCAGAAGGAGGUGGAAAUGUUCCUAGUUGCCAUCGAUAAGAAUCCGCCGACCAUGAAUCUCGAUGGGUACGCCAACAUCAACCGCGGAUUGAUAACAUCGAAUAUAUCAUUCAUGGCAACUUACCUGGUGGUGCUGAUGCAAUUCAAACUGACCCUGCUGCGCCAGAGUGCACGAAAAGCUCUCAUUCCGGCUCUCAGAGCUAACCUUACCCAGACGAAGCUCAACUGAACAACUAGACCUAGACCAUCCUAGAACACCACCCGUAUUCCUCCUUAACCUUGGACCAUUUUCUUUCCUCACUAAAUAAAUCGUUGCUGAUUGCUUUCCGUUCAAGUUGUGUUGAUUUUAUGGAAUUUUAUUUCACUCCUUCCUCACACAUUUUGCAUACCGUUCCUUUUUUUCUGUUUUCUCUCGCUUAGCUUAUUAGAACUUGUUGAACUUCUUCUUAGCUCCGGCGAGCUUGGUCACCUUCAGCACAUUGAAGCGCACGGUCUUGGACAGUGGCCGGCACU